AUGAUCGACGUUCUCAUCAUUGGCGCGGGGCCCAGCGGGCUCUGCGCCGCCAAGACGCUGCUCCAGCAGGACGCCGCCGCCAAGGUAGUGCUGAUCGACGCGCGAACGACUGCCGGCGGCGUGUGGGCGCGCGAGAAACUGUACCCGACACUGCGGACCAACAACCUCUUCGCGAGCCUCGACUUCACCGACUUCCCCAUGGACACGGCGCGCUUCGGCGUCGGCCCCGGCCAGCACAUCACGGGCGACCAAAUGCACGCCUACCUGACCGGCUACGCCGAGCACUUUGGCAUUGCCGACAAGAUCCGCUUCAACACCAAGGCCGUCAACGUUGGGCGGCGAGAUGGCAGUGGCGCGGCUGGCGGCGGAUGGGACGUCGAGCUCGAGGGAGGCGAGGUGCUGCAGUGCCGCAAGCUGGUCGUGGCCACGGGCGUGCUCAACGAGCCCAAGCUGCCGCGCAUCGACGGCAUCGAGUCGUUCGGCACGCCCUUCCUGCACUCGUGCGACCUGGGCCCGCAGGCGCACACGCUGACCGGGGACCCGCAGAUAUCGACCGUCGCCCUGCUGGGCGGCGGCAAGUCGGCCUACGACGCCGUCUACCUGGCAGCCACGUCGGGCCACCGCGUCGAGUGGAUCAUCCGGCGGUCAGGCCGGGGCCCGUCGUGGGUGUUCCCGACGCACACGAUGCUCGGGCCAGUGCGGGCGUGGCGCGAGCAGCUGGUGCUGCGGCGCGUGCUGAGCUUCAUGUCGCCGUGCGUGUUCCCCGACUUCUCCGGCCUGGGCUGGCUGCGGCGCUUCCUGCACGCGUCGGCCGUCGGCAGGUUCGUGGCGUCCAAGUUCUGGGCCGCCAUCCACGCCGACACGGUGCGCGACUGCCGCUUCGGCGCCGACCCGCGCUUCGGCGUGCUCGAGCCCGAGCACGGCCCGUUCUGGUACGGCACGUCGUCGGGCACGCUUAACUACGAAAUCGACUUUUUGGACCUGGUCAGCUCCGGCCGCGUCCGCAUCCACCGCGCCGACAUCUCGCACGUCUCGCACCGCACCAUCCAUCUCGUGGCUGAGGAGCGCAAUACCGCCGCAGAUGCAGGCGUGGACGCGCUCGUUGCCGCGACGGGCUACUCGUCCAAGCCGUCCAUUUCGUUCUCGCCCGCGACGCUGCUCGGCGAUCUCGGCGUGCCAACGACAACACUCGACACGGAGCAGGCAGCUUUCUGGGCAAAGCUAGAUGCCGAGGCAGACGACACAAUCCGGCGGCAGUUCCCCCAACUCAUCCCCGGACCCGGCCGCAGCGCCGUACAACGCUCGACGACGCCGUGGCGGCUGUACCGCGGCAUCGCGCCGCCGAACCUCGCGGCGGCGGGCGACCGGUCGCUAGUGUUUGUCGGCAUCUUCAGCAACAUCGCCAACACGAUGCGGCUAGAGGUGCAGAGCCUGUGGGCGGCGGCGUACCUGAGCGGCAAGAUUGCGCACCUCGACGACGACGACGACGACGACGGCUCUCAAGAAGAGCAGAAGAAGGACCGCAUCUACGCCGCCACGGCCCUCGCGCAGCGCUGGGCCAUGUACCGCGCCCCCUUGGGCCACGGCGCGGCUUACCCCGACCUCGUCUUCGACCAGCUGCCGUACUUCGAUUUGCUACUGCACGACCUCGGGCUCGAGACGCGCCGCAAGCCGACUGCGCUCCGCGAGCUGUUCGAGGCGUAUUCCCAGGAUGACUAUCGUGGGAUUGUUGACGAGUGGCUGGCGAAGCAGACCUAG